UGAGACCAAGGCAUGGGCACAGGGAGCCAGAGGGAGACUGGGCUAGGACCCAGGGGAAUAUGGGGUUAAAGUCGGCUAGGGGCACAAAUGAGGCAUAAGUGAGGAAUCUAUAAGGUCCCUGGGUGGUGUAAAUAGUUUGCACUCGACUAUUAACCUAAAGGUUGGCAGUUCAAAUCCACCCAGCAGUGGUAUGGAAGAAAGGCCUGGCAAUCUGCUUCUGUAAAGAUUACAGCCAAGAAAACCCCAUGGAGCAGUUCUACUCUGUCACACAUGGGAUAACCGUGAGUUGGAAUCAACUCAAAGGCAACAGGUUUUGUUUUGUUUUUAUGAGCUUCUGGGUUAAUGGUUGAUGAUGUAGUUGAUGAGGAUAAGGGAUAGGGUUUUACCUUCUGGGGAUAGGGGUACAGGUGGUGUGAAGAAUGGAGACUCAACAGGAUCCCAGAUAAGGAAGGGAAAAGCCAUUUAGAGAGGGGAGGAUAGGUGGGCUGAUGCUGGCAUCUGGGAGCCAAGGGCCAGGAUCCUGCUCCUGGGACUCAUCUUACCCUGGCCUUGCAGGUCUCCCCCGGAUAUCAUUAUCUCAUCACUCCCUUCUACUCUCCACAGGAGGUCAUUGCUGAGGGUCCUGGAUUUGACACUGGCCUUUGAGCAGGUCCAGUGUAAAGGGGCCUUUGAGGCCUUGGCCAAGUUUCCAUUUUGGUUACCAUCCACAGUCAAGGCUGAGAUGCCAGAGAACAUGGCUAAGCCCAGGGCAGUGGAGGGCGUGAAAGAAGAACUUCGGGGGGCCCAGGAGCCAGUGGAGUUACACGUCGAUCUUUUCCUAAGAGGCCCUUUCAAAUUAGAUGCAUUCCUCUGUGGCCUCCUGGCCAAGGUGGAGCAGAGCUGUGGGUCCCUUCGACUCUGCUGUAGGAAAUUGCACAUUGAGGAAAUGCCAUUCGAUAGCCUUGUGGGAAUCCUGAAGACACUGGACCUGGAUUCCAUCCAGGAGCUAGAGGUGUUUGAUUGGUUCCGGGCACUGUCAGAGCACAGCCUGUUCGUCACCCAGCUGGGGAGAAUCCGCAACCUGCGCAGCCUCAAGCUGGCCUACUACCACUGGGCCUUCCCCCCAGAGGGCGAGCAGUCCUCCAUUCACUUCCUCUCCCAUCUCAGCCAGCUGCACCACCUCCAGAAGCUCCACCUGUCUUACUCCUACCUGUCAGGCAACCUGCAUCAAGUGCUCAGCUGCCUACAGACCCCCCUGCACACCCUGGAGAUCCGUUCCUGCACACUUCUAGACACCGAUGUCACCUUCCUGUCCCAGAGCCUUCACGCCACCUGCCUGAAGAAGCUGGAUCUGAGUGGCAACAACCUGUCCUACAUGGUGCCAGGACCUCUAGCGGCCUUGCUGCAGGCAGUGGCUAGGACAUUGCAGCACCUGGACCUGAACCACUGCUGGCUGAAGGACACCCACCUCCAGGCCAUCCUGCCCACCCUGUGCUGCUGUGUCCACCUCAGAUCCCUGGGCCUCUCUGACAACCCCUUCUCCCGGGCCAGCCUCCUGGGCCUGCUGGAGCGCACAGCCUCACUGAUGGAACUGAAGCAGGUGCUGUACCCCAUCCCUGUGGAGUGCUGUGCCUACCUACACGGCCUCUCAUGGGGGCCCGUGGACAAAGGGAAGCUGAGCGAGGUGCAGGUCGAGCUGCAGGCACUGCUGCAGGCCAUGCAGCGGGCUGACAUGCAGUGGAGACCCCCACCACCCUCACCCUUGCCUGGGACUCUCGCACAGCCUGAAUGA